AUGUGGUGCGACGAUUGCUGUGUCAAGAGCCAUAUUGCAACCCCUUUCCACUCAAUCGAGCUCUGGAAUGCAGGCUAUUUCCAAUCAUGCUCGCUCAAGGUUUUAGGAUUGGUAAUCCAAGUUGGCCAUCCUCUUCACCUUCCAUGUGCUCGACCCAUCCCUGCUCGCAAUGACUUCGUCGUGCUACAUCACAACGGCAUACACGAAGUGUCGGUCAAUUAUUGUGGCUGUCGCUGGUCCAAUGACCCUUAUCAUAUCCAACUUCUCCGGGCAGGCAUAUACCCAGCGACAACCGACUCUCCAAGAACAGGCGCGACCUUCGAAUGUCUUGCCGAAUACCAUGCUCUGACGCUUCACGGAAGAUUACCGGGUGGGACUUUUAUCGUUCUUUGGAAACUAGGACAAACGCGAUCGGAGUCAAGCCUCCAGACCGCUAUCAGGUCUUUCUUCGAAUCGCUCGCGAAUACCGACAUCUAUUGUCACUCAAACGAGGUGGACGUGGAUACGACUCCCGGGGCGUGGCGGAUACAGCACCAGGGGAACUCGCGAUUCUUUGCCCUGCAUGCCCGCGUCCAGGCGUAA